AUGCAGUCCAACAUCCUCACCGUUCUCUCCUUCGUCGCCGCCGUCUCGGCCCACGGCAAGGUCACCUCGCCCACCCCCCGCUCCGCCGGCGAUGCCUUCAAGGCGGCCUGCGGCGACACCAUGUGGAACACGGAGCAGGCCGACCCGUACGGCAACAUCCAGGGCCUCGCCAACCAGGCCGGCAGCAGCCUCGACCCCACCAAGUGCGAGCUCUACCAGUGCAAGGGCUACAAGUUCGCCGACAACACCGCCAACGUCCAGAGCUACACCCCGGGCCAGACCGUCGACUUCAAGGUCGAGAUCCGCGCCCCCCACACCGGCGUCGCCAACGUCUCCGUCGUCGACACCACCGCCAACUCCAUCAUCGGAUCGCCCCUCAUCUCCUUCACCAACUACGCCUCCACCAAGACCGGCGUCGCCGCCAACAACACCGCCUUUAGCGUCACCCUCCCCAACUCCCUCCCCGCCACCUGCGGCACCGCCGGCAACUGCGUUCUCCAGUGGUGGUGGGACUCUGCCGAGGCCGGCCAGACCUACAUGUCCUGCGUCGACUUCACGUCCGGCUCCGGCUCCGGCUCUGCCGCGCCCGCUCCUGCUCCCUCUGCCGCUGCUCCCUCUGCUGCUGCGCCAACCACCCUCGUGACCUCUGCCAUCGCCUCCGCUACCCCCUCCGCCCCUGCCGCUGGUAGCUCCGAUCAGACCGCCGACCCCGUCGCCGCCACCCCCUCCGCUACGCCCUCUUCUCCUUCCCCUUGCAAGCGCAACGCCAAGCGGGCCCUUCGCAAGCGCUUCUAA